GGUAUAUAAGGUGGACACGUUUAACCUUCUGUAGACACUCAAGUAUGGCUCAACAGAAGAUUGACUUGUUUUUUCGGAAGACAUCGGAUGUUCAGAACACAUUUCCAGCAUCUUGGCUCUCAGAGCCCCUGCCAGAAAGACCAAAGAAACAGCCUGUGGGACGGCCUAAGAAGGUUGCGGUAACUCGGGACGCUGAACCAGAAGUGGUAGAUUUGAUGCUUUCCAACGAGAGAUCAGCAGCUAAGCGCAGACUGGAUGAUGCGGAGAUCACUCCUGUUCUUAGCAAACGGGGGAAAUACAGAAGCUACAACCUGACUGAAAAAAAAGAAAUCGCACAAUUGGCAUCCCUACAUGGCGUCUGUUCGAUUGCAAAGAAACUCAACAUCCCCAGGUCAACAAUCUCCACGUGGAUAGCAGAGCUCAACCAUUUAGGAGAAAUCAGCUGUAAAGGGAAACAAGGUACAGGGAAAAAGUGUCUUUUGGGCAAAGAAUUAGAGGACGAUAUUCUUGCCUGGGUUCUGGGGCAAAGAGAUUUGCACCUGCCAGUCUCCGUGGAAACGUUAUGUAGUCAAGCCCAUGCCCUAGCAGCCUCUCAAGGGAUCGACUUUAAAGCGUCCAGAGGAUGGGCAAGGCGGUUCAUGGAAUGAAACAUCCUGUCAAUGCGCUCCACAACUACUGUCAGUCAGCGUCUUCCAGCCGAUCUUCAGGAACGCCUGGGUGUCUUUCAUCAGCAUUUGAGGGAAGUGCAAGAGGAGUCAGACUUCGAAGACCGCUUCAUCAUAAACAUGGACGAAGUCCCCAUGGUCUUCGACUUGC